GAUGAGGAACCACUAUAAAUUUAGCUACAUGUCAAUAUGAGCAGCUUCGGGCAGAUCCUGAAGGAGGUCGGGGACUUUGGUUUGUUUCAGAAACGGUUAUUGGCUGCAUUAUGCAUCCCCAGCAUGUUUGCUGCUUUCGAUGUGAUUAGCCAGGUGUUUACGGGAAUGAGCUUUCCACAUCACUGUAACAGCGACUGGAUCUUGGAGCGUGGGCCAAACCUGACAGAUGAAAGACAAAGAAAUCUCACUAUCCCGGUCAACAAGGAUGGGAAGUAUGAAAGCUGUAAAAUGUUCACACCUGUGGAUUUGGAUUUGGAAACUAUUGAAGCAUAUGGGAUUAACACUACAACUGGAUGUAUAGAUGGAUGGGACUAUGAGGCACCCAUAGGUGCUUCUAGCCUUUCAUCAGAGUUUGAUCUGGUUUGUGACAAGAGUGGCUUGAUUGAGGCAUCCCAGUCCAUUUACAUGACAGGUUUUCUGGUUGGAGCGCUGGUGUAUGGGGCAAUUUCUGACAGGUUCGGGCGACGCCCUGCAAUCCUACUCUCCCUCUUUCUCCUACUGUUGUUUGGUGUGGGUGCUGCUUUCUCCCCAAACAUCUAUGUUUACAUGGUCUUGAAAUUUUUCUGUGGGACUUCAGGAGGUGUCAUUAUGAUGAACACAUCUGUGAUGGGUGUGGAGUGGACCAGUCCCUCCAAGUCUGCUGUUUGUACAAUGACGAUCCUGUUUUUCGUCCCUGUUGGGCUGAUGGUGUUACCUGGCGUUGCCUAUGUGAUCUCCAACUGGAGGAUCCUGCAGCUGGUGCUCUUCAGCCCUCUACUUGUAAUUGUGGGAAUACUCUACUGGUUUCUCCCGGAGUCAGCUCGCUGGCUGAUGACGCACGGCAGGAAGGAGGAGGCACUAAAGGCGCUCCGAAGGGCAGCCAGAGUGAAUGGGAGGAGGGUACCAGAAGAUUUGCUAGACCAGAUAGAGAUGGAGGUUACAUGCAAAAAGAAGAGCAUGCUGGACAUCUUCCGCAUAUCAUAUUUGAGAAGACGUACUCUCAUAAUGGGCUACAACUGGUUUUCCACGAGUCUGCUGUAUUACGGACUGAGCCUGAAUGUUGGCAGUUUCGGCCUGAAUAUCUACCUCACACAGUUCAUCUUUGGUGCUGUGGAAAUUCCUGCACAGCUCAGCAGUUUGUUUCUAAUUCAGCACUUUGGACGGAGAAUCAGUCAGGCAGGCUUUCUGCUUUUCGGGGGUGCUGCAUGUCUCUUGGUCCUUGCUAUCCCAAAAGAUCUGCCUGAGGUGGUGACAGCCAUAGCUGUACUGGGGAAAUAUUCAGCCACCGCCUCUUUCAGCUCAGCCUAUGUUUAUACUGCAGAACUGUACCCUACCAUUUUAAGGCAGAAUGGUUUAGGUCUAAACUCCAUGUGUGCUCGUCUGGGGGGCAUCCUCGCUCCACUGAUCAGGCUCCUGAGCGUCUACCAUCACACCAUCCCCAUGCUGAUAUACGGCAUUGUUCCCAUUGCUGCUGCAGGUUUCUGUUUGCUACUGCCUGAAACCCUCAAUGUUGAACUGCAGGACCACGCUGAACUCAAAAAACCUGAGAAUGGUCCUGAGAUGGGAUCUGUUACGAAAGAGGAAAAUUCAGGAAAGAGCACAAAGAUGUGAUUUAUAUGGACGUGUUGCUUUUCACAGAAUUGUGUUUAACUUCUUAAAGUUAAUUAUUUAAUUAUUAAAGACUAAAUGUUUUAAAUUUUUUAAGAUUUUACAGAUUUAUCGAUUAUGUAUGUGCUUAUAUGACAAUGUAAGGGGGGGCUGAACAUCUGAACAUGAUAAGCUUUGCUUCCUUCAGCCCCUUCUCGAACUUGCACGUUAUCACAGUGUGCCUUUUUUUUUCUAUUACAUAUACUGCCUGUUUUUAUGCUUGUGCUUGUUUGAGACAAAUAAAAAUCAAAUCAAAUCAAAUCAAAUCAAAUCAAACUUGUAAAUUACUGAACAUAAUUUUAUUUUUUAGUAUAAAUGCUGGAUUUGAAAACAUAUAUAUAGAUAUAUAUAUAAAGUCAACUGUAUUAACUUAAAAUAAUUUUCUAUGAUGAUAAUGAUCGUUUUUUAGUUUUAGAAAACCAGCAAAUGGACCUACAAGGAACAGAUACAGUGUUGAACAAAUUAUUGAAGAGCACAAACUUUAAUUUGGACUGAAAUAAAAACGUAUGAAAGCUAAAGCUACUGAGGCCAGUUAAUGUCAGACACACGACUUGCAGACUGUAUUAAGUGUAAAUCAUUCAUUCUUGCUGACCUCCAGUGGCAGUGCACUGAACAUGUUCUUUUGCACAUGCACAGGUCAAGUAUUUAUGUCAACAAGCUAUA